GCCGAGCUCCGCCCCCAGCGGGGGUGCCGAGGCCGGGGGCGUGUGCUGGGCGGGGCUACGCUCUGCCCCGCCCCGCCCGGUCGCGGAGCGGCGGCCAGCGCAGAGAGGCCCCGGCCCCGGGAUGCUACACCCAACCCAGCUGUACCAACAUGUGCCAGAGACACGCUGGCCGAUUGUGUAUUCUCCGCGCUACAACAUCACCUUCAUGGGCCUGGAGAAGCUGCACCCCUUUGACGCAGGGAAAUGGGGCAAAGUGAUCAAUUUCCUAAAAGAAGAGAAGCUUCUGUCCGACAGCAUGCUGGUGGAGGCACGGGAGGCCUCGGAGGAGGACCUGCUGGUGGUGCACACGAGGCGCUACCUCAACCAGCUAAAGUGGUCCUUUGCUGUCGCCACCAUCACAGAAAUCCCCCCUGUUGUCUUCCUCCCCAACUUCCUGGUGCAGAGGAAGGUGCUGAGGCCCCUUCGGACCCAGACGGGAGGAACCAUCAUGGCGGGGAAGCUGGCUGUGGAGCGAGGCUGGGCCAUCAAUGUGGGAGGCGGCUUCCACCACUGCUCCAGCGACCGGGGCGGGGGCUUCUGCGCCUAUGCAGACAUCACACUCGCCAUCAAGUUUCUGUUUGAGCGAAUGGAGGGCAUCUCCAGGGCCACCAUCAUUGACCUCGAUGCCCACCAGGGCAAUGGGCAUGAGCGAGACUUCAUGGGUGACAAGCGUGUGUACAUAAUGGAUGUCUACAACCGCCACAUCUACCCCGGGGACCGCUUUGCAAAGCAGGCCAUCAGGCGGAAGGUGGAGCUGGAGUGGGGUGUGGAGGAUGACGAAUACCUGAAUAAAGUGGAGAGGAACAUCGAGAAAGCCCUGCAGGAUCAUCCGCCCGAUGUAGUGGUGUACAACGCAGGCACCGACAUCCUCGAGGGCGACCCCCUUGGGGGGCUGUCCAUCAGCCCAGGGGGCAUCGUGAAGCGGGAUGAACUGGUGUUCCGGGUGGUUCGUGGCCGCCAGGUGCCCAUCCUCAUGGUGACUUCGGGCGGGUACCAGAAGCGCACAGCCCGCAUCAUUGCUGACUCCAUCCUUAAUCUACACGACCUGGGGCUCAUCGGGCUCGAGUCACCCUACGUCUUGGCACAGAACUCAGACACACCACUGAUUCCCCCAACAGUGCCCUGACCCGUGCUGCCCUUCUUAGCAGCUCCCCGCCUGCCUCCCAGCCCUUGCACCUGCCCCUUAGUGCUUUCUGUUUUCUAAUGGCAUGGGGCGGUUGAUACAGCCACGAGGGAGCAUGGAGGGGCAGGGGCUGCAGGCCCUGACUGGGCUGGCCUGAGUAGCCUGUGCCAGCAGCUCCUGUACUUUCCCCACGGGUCUCCUGGCCCUCUUUGGGUGGGUGGGCAGGGACAGAGCCCGAGCCCCAGGGAAGACUGCCACGGGAUUAGGGCUGCUUCGGCCCUGGGAAGGCAGGCAGCUCGCCGAGAAUGGGGGAGGACAGUGCAGGCCCCGGGGUCAGAACCAGGUCAGGCCGAGGACGCUUCCGCCUCCUCCAUGUGGGCCUUUCUCCCUCCUCUCCAGCCUGCCCUCUCCUCUCCUCUCCUCUCCGCCUCGGCCCGAGGAACCACGGGCGCUGGCGUGGAGGGCCCCAGGGUAGGCGCAGGAGCCGGGCCUGGCCAUGGGAGUGGUUGGGAGGGGCUGCAGGUGGGUUCUUCCAUCUGGGGUUCCCCCUCAAUAAAGCAAGGGCAGGACCUGCCUUUCCAGAUGAGGAAAUGGUGAUGAGGGGAGGGAGGCCUGAGGACCCCACAUCCUUGCUUUGGCCAUGGUCUCCCCUGUUCAGUGUGAGGGGCAGUUUUGGGGGAAGAAUUCUUAGCUCAGGGAUGGCCUCAGCACUGGAGGCUGGAGGGGCCAGAGGGAGGCAGGGGUCGUGGGAAGGUAAGUCCCAGCACGAGGAAUCAGAGAUGGGACAGUAGCUAAGCCAUUCCUGCAGCAACUGAGGCACUGAGAGGCUAGGCUGGGCUUCCUAGAGGGAAGGCAGAGGGGGUCUCCCUCCUGGCCUGGAGGUCGUGAGGGUGGGUGGCUGGGGCGGGCCCUGGGUAGGGCUGUAGUCUCCACUGGUUUUACCCAAACUGCCCAGGCCCCGAUCUUUCUGAGUCCAGGAACCCCAGGUGGGCCUGACCUCUGGCCUUUCCCUCGGCCCUACUGUGAAGGGGACCUUAGGGUUCUCUGGGAAGCUGGGCCAGGUGGAGGGAGCAUGCACCCCUCCUAUCUGGUGGCUGUCAUCUUGGCCAAAGGCAAUGGCAUGGGGCGGGAAAGUGGGUCAGCUGAGGUGUCCCUUGACCUCAACCAGCCCCACCUACAGGACUUGUGUUCCUUACCAUCUGGAGAGUGCUCCCAUGGACCCCCUCUGCGGGAGAGGGGAAGGGUUCUAAGAUCACAAAUUGCCAAAAAUGCUGACCUCGUGGACCAGACCCCGAUGCACUAACAACGCACUUUGAGAUCCCUGUUCUUGCCAUCGGUCUCUCUGUAUCUGACUGGAGGUGCCUGGCACCUGCUCACUCCAUGCUGGCUGUGACGUCUGGGUCUGGCGAGGGACACGGUUUUUUGCUGUGGAGCUUCUGUUCCUGGAGAAUCAUAUAGGCUCUGGAUGGGACCUGGCUGCUGUGUGUUCUUGAGGUAAAGUGUCCCCACCGCCUCAGGACUAAAGGCAAUGAAGAUUUAAAAUUCACAGAGCACGAGGCCUGACAUGGGGUAGCUGCCCAAUAAACGCUAGUAUUUUACCCAUCCUCA